GCAGAGUGUUAGUGCUGCCCACAGUGUUGCCAGGCAUCCCUGGAAGAGGAGGAGGUGCAUUCAGCACUGAGACGUUUGUGAAGUCUGUGUGAGUUGUGUGCUCUCGCAGCAGGCAGAGAGAGUAAAGACCUUUGCCAGAUCUGGAGCUCAUCUGAAAUACAUUAAAACCCCUGGAGAAGAAGGAUCCUCUGUAAAACUGUGCUGCGUUGGACACUCCACCGAGGUUUUCUAUUUGCUGUUCGGUGUACACCCAUGCGAGUAGCUGCAACUCCACCAGAAGACUGACUGCUUUUGUGUCCUCCAGUCAAAAUAUUUUCCACACUCCUGGGAGCAGGAGAGAGGUUUACAGUGCUUGAAGAAGUCUGUGCGCCACAGCAACGAGGGAAUAAAAGUUGUUUUCAAAAAAGGAAGACCCAGACUUCAAAAGAGGCAUCACCCCUGUGGCUCCCUGCGUCGUGUGCAGAGCAGAUUUCAAGGACAAGAGAGCAGCGGUCACAUAUAUACAGGAAACACCUGAAGAUUUUCCAGGGCUCAGACACAGGAAAUACGGCCCCAGAAAACAAACCCAGCUCGAUCUCUGAUUUUUGUAAGAGGCUCACAAUCACAUUAGUCUAUCAACAUGUCACGCUGGGGGAGGAAAAAUGUGAAAAAGGCACCAGAGGUGAUCCGCACUGUGACAGAAGGCCUAAAGUCUCUGUAUCGAAAGAAGCUGCUGCCUCUGGAGCAGUACUACGGUUUCCAUGAUUUCCACUCCGCCAGUCUGGAGGAUGCAGAUUUUGACAACAAGCCUAUGGUGCUGGUGGUGGGGCAGUACUCUACGGGGAAGACGACAUUCAUCAAGUAUUUACUGGAGCAGGAUAUUCCUGGAAGCAGGAUUGGACCUGAACCUACCACGGAUUGCUUCACUGCCAUCAUGCAUGGGGAGGUGGAGGGGGUCAUCCCCGGGAACGCCCUCAUUGUGGACCCCAACAAGCCGUUCCGCAAACUAAAUCCAUUUGGAAACACCUUCCUCAACAGGUUCCAGUGCGCCCAGAUGCCCAACCAGGUCCUGGAGAGCAUCAGCAUUAUUGACACACCGGGAAUCCUGUCCGGGGCCAAGCAGAGAGUGAGCCGAGGCUACGACUUCCCAGCUGUGCUGCGCUGGUUUGCAGAACGCGUGGACCGCAUCAUCCUGCUGUUCGACGCCCAUAAACUAGAGAUAUCGGACGAGUUCUCCGAGGCCAUCAGUGCCCUGAAGGGCAACGAGGACAAACUGCGUGUGGUGCUCAACAAGGCAGACAUGGUGGGCACCCAGCAGCUGAUGCGGGUGUACGGUGCACUCAUGUGGUCCCUGGGCAAAGUGUUUGGCACCCCGGAGGUCCUGCGCGUCUACAUCGGCUCCUUCUGGUCCGAGCCCUUGAUGGUGACGGACAACCGCAAGCUGUUUGAGCUGGAGGAGGAGGACCUGUUUGCUGACAUCCAAAACCUUCCUCGCAACGCAGCCCUACGCAAACUCAACGACCUGGUCAAGAGGGCGCGCCUGGUCCGGGUCCAUGCCCACAUCAUCAGCUAUCUGAAGCAGGAGAUGCCGUCUCUCUUCAGAAAGGAUAAUAAAAAGAAGAAUCUGAUCUACCAGCUGCCAGUUAUUUUCUCCAAGAUCCAGCUGCAGCACAACAUUUCUCCUGGAGACUUCCCAGACUGUACUAAGAUGCAGGAGCAACUGAUGGUUCAUGAUUUCACCAAGUUCAAAUCCUUGAAGCCCAACCUCAUGAUGGCCUUGGAUGAGUUGCUGGCAUCUGACAUCGCCAAGCUGAUGCCCCUCCUGAGGCAGGAGGAGCUGGAAGCAGGUGAGCAACUGGGCGUGCAGGGCGGAGCCUUCCUGUGCACCCGCACCGGACCAUUCAGCGAGGGCGACCCCUUCGCCGAGGAGAACGGAGAGCUGUGUGAAGGGGAGGAGGACGAGGACUGGGUGGUGACGAAAGACAAGCCCAAGUACGACGAGAUCUUCUACAACCUCGCUCCCAACGAGGGGAAACUGAGCGGCACCAAGGCUAAGAACUGGAUGGUGAGUUCCCGCCUACCCAACUCGGUGCUGUGCCGCAUCUGGAAGCUGUCAGAUGUGGAUCGGGAUGGCAUGUUGGAUGACGAAGAAUUCGCCCUGGCUGGCCACCUGAUCGAGGUCAAGCUCGAGGGCCAUGGUCUCCCACCUGAGCUGCCCAACCGUCUGGUCCCGCCGUCCAAACGCAGACAGAAGGGCUCUGAUGCAUAGACACGAGCUGACAGAGACUCUACUCUCUAAAUUGGCUGUCACACUUCUGCUUUGCUGUUGUUUUCCUUUUCGACCCAUGUCAAAAGCUUUGUAUGCUUUUGACUGAUUUUGGCCUCGUACAAUGGAAAUAUUGUAUUCAAGUGUUAGUCCCAUGCUUGAGACUGUAACAAGGGCUCUUUGCAAAAAAACAAACAAAAAAAAAAAACAGAUUAUGUAUUUAGAAGUCACAUGGGUCUGGCUGCUUCUCCCCCUUUGACUCCUAAGAGUUUGCUUUUUAUUAUGCACUUUUUAAAUGAUAUAUCAUCUUGUGUGUGCUGAGCAGAGGUGAAUAAAAGCUGGCGCCCUCUCAGCUGAGCAGUAUUCAGUAUAUAUAGCUUUCACAGAAAUACCACAAAAACCUUUGAAUCCAUCACUCACUGCAGUGACCAGACUGGAGCGGCACAAACAAGAUUAUGCUACUUCAGACCUGACCAUUCCAGUGAGAUGAUCGUCAACAAAACUAUUUUACACAAACUAAUUGUAUUCACAUGAUUUGUAUGAUAUCAAUUCCAAUUCAAACUGGCAGCACAUAUCUAAUAACCUGAACGCGUUUCACUCUGAUGCUUUACAUGCCACAUUUAUAUUUUUUGUGUGUGUGCGUACUUUAUAUAUUGUUAUUAUUUUUGUAAUUGUUGCUGUCGUUUCGUAUGUGCAGGAGCGCGACCUUGGUACACGCUGAGGUUAACCUUUCAACCAGACUGAAUGAUUGAUAUACUGCUGACUACUGUACACAGCUCCACCAACGUUAACUGUUAUUGUAACCAAAUAAAGUUUUCCAACUGUG